AUGCUCUCCAUUGGCAUCAAACUAUCCUUCGACGACUUCGCUCUGGCCUUCAAGAGGCCAGUGCCGCUGUCGAUUGGUUACAUGGCCCAGUACAUGCUCAAGCCGCUGCUGGGAGUGCUGAUCGCAAGGGUGUUCCGGAUGCCAUCCGCCUUCUUCGCUGGUUUCAUGCUUACAUGCUGCGUCUCGGGCGCGCAGCUUUCGAGCUAUGCCAGCUUCCUGGGGAAAGGAGAUGUUGCGUUGAGUAUUCUGCUCACGACCUACUCCACCAUAUCUUCGGUGAUUGUGACACCUAUUCUCACUGGUUUGUUGAUUGGUUCAGUGGUUCCGGUUAAUGGAAUUGCAAUGGCGAAAUCGAUUCUCCAGGUGGUUCUUCUGCCUGUGACAGUAGGUCUCCUUCUGAAUACCUAUGCAAAACCAGUGGUUAACGUCAUACAACCAGUGAUGCCAUUUGUUGCUAUGGUGUGCACAUCACUCUGUAUUGGGAGCCCUCUUGCUAUAAAUAGGACCAUGCUCCUCUCAUCACAAGGAUUCAUGUUACUUCUCCCCAUAGUGACUUUCCACAUUGCGGCUUUUGUUGUCGGUUACUGGGUUUCCAAGUUGCCUCAGUUGAGGCAAGAAGAGCCUGUUUGUAGGACUAUUUCAGUGUGUACUGGAAUGCAGAGCUCCACCCUAGCCGGACUUCUUGCUACGCAAUUUCUUGGAAUCAGCCAGGCAGUUCCUGCAGCAUGUUCUGUUGUUGUCAUGGCAAUAUUUGGUUUGACCCUUGCAUCGUACUGGGGAAGUGGCAUGCGAAUAAGAGACAUUCCUUCAAGAUUCUUCCCACAAGCUUCCGCUGAUAUUGUGCAAGAUAAGCAGCGGCUGAGGAUAACCUCGCCACAGAAACAACCUGCAUGGCUGCAUAUGACGGAAGGAUAA